AUGAUGGGCACUAUGAAGGGCCAGAUAGUUCCUGAGUCCAAGCGCAGUACCAUAUACAAUCUCUAUCGCGUUCCCCUGAAUGCGAUCGUGGUGCUGACGUUGAUCCUCAAGCUUGGCGAGGGCAUCUCUUUCAUGGCAACAACGACCAUGCUUUGCGUCGCUGCCUUUGCCCAGGCUCGCAUCAUCAAGCUCGGGGGCGCCAGGCCGGUGACUCUCCCAGCACCUACCGACGAGGACAAGGAGCUUGUGGACCAGAUUGGAAAGUCCGCGGAAGCUCCUGAGGAGGCUGAAGCGUAG